AAACAAAUUUCUAAUAUUUGAGGUUAUGGCAUUCUACUGGAGCUGCAUAAUAUUGCAUCCUCACUAAAAUCUUUCAAUGUUUUUUUGACAAAGGAAAAAAAAAAACAUUUCUCUUGUUGUAUGGCUAUAAAUAAGGGCCAGAUCAAAGGAAAAGGCAACAUUAAAAGCCACACAUUCUGCAGUAGUUAGCUCUUUCUCACAGUGGUUUUGUGCCAUUAAUUUUGCUUGUUAUGGAACCCAACGUUAACCCAAAUAUGUUGUUAGGACAAAAGUGGCUUCCAAGUGCUUUGAAUGCCACAAGCCAAGGAUUAGGCACUGAAACUAUAGUCUUUGCUCAUGGCUAUGGAACAGACCAAUCAAUAUGGUAUAAGAUCAUUCCCUUCUUUGCUCAAAGUGAAAACUACCGAGUUGUUCUGUUUGAUUGGCCCUUUUCUGGGGCUGUGAAUGAUCCAAACCUUUAUGACCCUUUGAAGUACUCUUCCUUGGAAGCUUAUGCUGAUGAGUUGGUGACCCUUUUGGAUCAGAUGGACCUCAAAGAUGUCACCUUUGUUGGCCAUUCCAUGUCUGGUAUGAUUGGUUGCUUAGCCUCCAUUCAAAGGCCUGAACUCUUUAAGAGGCUUGUUCUCGUUUGUGCUUCUCCAAGGUAUAUUAAUAUAGAAGACUACGAGGGGGGCUUUACAAGCUCAGACAUUGAGCAGUUAUUGAAGGACAUUGAGUCCAACUUUGAAAACUGGGUUUCUGCCUUCUCCUUACUAGCAGUGGAUCCAAAUGAUGAGCCAUCUGUGAACAAAUUCAGAGAGUGCUUGAAAAGAAUGAGAGGUGAUGUUCCAGCACCCUUAGCCAAGAUUGUGUUCAAUAGUGACUACAGAGAUAUACUUGAGAAAGUUGAAACUCCAUGCACUAUCAUUCAGACUUCUAGUGACAUGGUUGUUCCACAUAGUGCAGCUCUUUACAUGGAGAAGAAAAUUAAAGGGAAAGCUACAUUGGAGAUGGUAGACACUAAAGGGCAUUUUCCUCAGCUAACUGCACACCUUCAACUAGUUAAUGUGCUUAUGGGUGUUCUGGGCUUUGGCCUCACUCAAAUUUAGAUGUGCCUUAGCUUAUUUGGGUAGUAAUUCUCAAUUUCAUUCCUUUUUGUCACCUUAGUUGUACCCCUUUCUGAUUUAAUAUAUAGAUUGAUGAAUUAGUGUUGAUUAGUUUCGUGCAAGUGUACUUUUCGUAUCUCUUCUCUUGUGCACGCUCCAAGUAAAGUGGGGGCAGUGAAUCCUGAUUUUUUCAACUUUAUGUUGACAAUGAUCUUAUCCAUUU